AAGAAGCUUCAUGAGCACCGCACAAGAAAACGGAGUCCGGUCUACCUAGUUCGUGAAUUGAACGCGACCAGAGAAGCCGCCUCUCUUUCUCCUUUCGCCUACAAAUAUGAAAUUUCUUUUCGCAAUUUCUUGCAACUCCCUCCACCUCCCUCGUGAUUCUCUGCAUCCCAAGUUUGUUUCGAUUUGACACCUCAAUAAUAUAUUCCUUGUUUGUGAGGGUAGAGGGAAGUUGAACUUUGAGUAUCAUUCUGUUAAAACCUCCAUUCAGAAAAACAAAAGACACCAAAAUCCCAGCUUGCUCUUUCUGUGCAAAACUUGCAGCUUGUUGACAUUCUAAGGGUCAAGUCCAGGAUUGCUGGAACAGAUUUCUCCAUGGGCGAAGCACCGGCAUUCCUUGUGGACAGUUUGGAGAAGGGACAUGCUAAUGGUUUUAAAUUAGAAAACGAAACUCGUAAAACCGCUACAAUCAUUGGGGAUAAAACGUAUGUCAUUGGUGGAGCUGAUGAUGAAACUUCGUACAUUGAAGUUCAAAUCUUUGACGGUGGUCUUGGAGAAUGGGUUAAUCCCACUGUGCUCGGAAUCAAACCAGUCUCAUGUAAAGGCCAUUCAGCCGUGCUUCUGAAGGAUCGGAUAUUGAUUCUGAAGAAGGGUGCUAAGCCAGAUGAUUACACUUGGUUUUUGGAGGUAGACACCCCAUACGUUAGGCAGCAACAGGAAGUCUCGGGAACCCAGGUUGUUGCGUGGAGUAAGGGUGUGAUAGGCAGUGCUGAGAAGCCUAUUGUUAUCAGUGGUCCUUCUGGAGUUGGCAAAGGAACGUUGAUAUCAAUGCUCAUGAAGGAAUUCCCUUCUAUGUUUGGUUUCUCUGUGAGCCACACUACCCGGGCCCCCAGAAAUAAGGAGGAGGACGGGGUGCAUUACCAUUUUACUGAGAAGAGUGUCAUGGAAAAAGAGAUAAAGGAGGGAAAGUUUCUUGAGUCUGCUUCCGUUCAUGGUAAUCUUUAUGGGACCAGUGUUGAGGCUGUGGAACUAGUAGCUGAUGCAGGGAAAAGAUGCAUUCUUGAUAUUGAUGUCCAAGGGGCAAGAUCUGUGAGGGCUAGUUCACUUGAAGCCAUAUUCAUUUUUAUUUGUCCCCCAUCAAUGGAAGAGCUUGAAAAACGCCUCCGUGACAGAAGGACAGAGACAGAAGAGCAGAUCCUGAAGCGGCUGCGAAAUGCUAAGGCGGAGAUUGAGCAAGGGACAUCAUCAGGCAUAUUUGACCAUAUCUUGUAUAACGACAACCUGGAGGAGUGCUAUGAGAAUCUUAAAAAACUAUUGGGACUGGAUGCUAAUGUCACAACUCAACCUAAGUCAGGACCCAGAGAGAUUAUUCUACCCGUGGAUCACACUUCGUCAAAAAUUGAUGGCAAAAUUAUCAUAAAUUGCCUCUCCUCUGGACUUGAAAAGGAAUCAAAGAACUUGAUUGUUUUGCACGUUUCCUCGCUUAAAGGGGGUGCACCUGGACGGACAAGAGGGCUAGAUUUUCAGGCCAUAGGUUCGUUUUCAGAUGGCUUGGUGGGGAUGGAUAAGCAGAGCUAACAGUUCAUGAACUUGGCCACUAAUGACUUCGGUUUCUCAAUUCAUAUAUAACUUCAGGAAUUUGGAGAGGGAGAGGGAACAUUAAAUUUGAUGUUUUCACCUGUGUUUUUUCCUUCUUUGAUUGUUAUGACAUUUGACAUGAUGCUUGGUGGCACCAUUAAUAUUGGCCUGGGCAGCAGCGAUUAUAUUUUUUGCCGCUUGAAUUAGAUAUGUUCCACCAAUUGUCUAUGGUCUCUUUGCUUUUUGGAAGGACCUGAACAACUGCAAAAGACUUACGAGUCGGCAGUUUUACCCAGUCAAGUGAUUUGUGAUGGCAAAUUUAUCUGAUUAU